CCGGCGCGCGGUCGGCGGUGUAUCCAAACAGGAAAAGGUAUUAAGGAGGCUAAAGCUGAAUCGCGGCGCGAGGAAGGAUGCAGGCGGAGGAGGCUGCGGCAGAGGCUGCAGCCCUAGAGGCCCUGGCCAAGCUGGCAAACAUUCUGGAGCAGAAGGGUCAGCAGGAGGGUCGGCAGGAGGAGGCAGAACUGCCUGGACAGAUCCUGGCUGAGUUUGUGAUGGAUUCUCGAAAGAAAGACAAGCUGCUCUGCAGCCAGCUUCAGGUAGUAGACUUCCUGCAGAACUUUUUGGCUCAGGAGGACAUUGUCCAGGGCCUGGACCCCUUGGCUUCUGAAGACAUGAGCCGACAGAAGGCAAUUGCAGCCAAGGAGCAAUGGAAAGAGCUGAAGGCUACCUACCAAGAACACGUGGAGGCCAUCACCACAGCUCUGACCCAGGCCCUGCCCAAGAUGGAGGAGGCGCAAAGAAAGCAAGCACAGCUCCAGGAGGCCCUUGACCAGCUCCAGGCCAAGAAGCAAGUGGCCAUGGAGAAACUCAGAGCAGCCCAGAAGCAGUGGCAGCUGCAACAGGAGAAGCGUCUACAGCAUUUGGCAGAAGUUUCUGCAGAGGUGAGGGAGCACAAGACAGGAAUUCAGCAGGAGCUUGAGCGGCUAAAUCAGGAACUUGGAACCCUGAAGCAGCAAGCAGAGCAGGAACGGGAUAAGCUGCAGAGGCACCAGACCUUCCUCCAAUUGCUCUACACAUUGGAGGGUAAGCUGCAGUUCCCAGAGGCAGAGCUGCCAUGGCAUUCAGAUCUUCAUGAAACUAAGCCCCAGCAAUGGACCCAGCCUCAGGAGCAGAACACUGGAGAUACCAUGGGAAGAGAUGGGGGUGUGUCCUCCAAGCUGAAUGAGAAAUGGGACAGAUGGGCAGGGAGGUAGAAAACCUGGGAGAUGGCUCUUACCUGCUGUUCAUUCCAUGCUCCCCAAGGCCAGUUGCCAUAACUUCCUGGGGGGAAGCAACAUAGGAAGGGAUCCAGCCCAGGGCCUUCUGUUUCUAGACUGCUGAAAUGGAGGGAGGGAGCACCUCUGUUCUGCCUGUCUGUAUGAGCUCUGUUGUUCUUGGUGUUGUGGGAAGUGGAGAGGAGAAGCAGUUUGUUUUAUGGUUGAAGCUUAGCAUGUUAUCCCCAUGUCCAGCCUACCCUGGUCUAACUCCUCUCAUUGUUCCCCAAUUCCCUUGCCCCACCCUCAUCUUAGGUGGACGGUGAACUUCUGAGUACAGCCUGAGUUCGGACUGUGAUCCACCAGGGAGCAGGCCCUGCAUUCUGUUGAUUAAAAGCCCUGGAACUCUCUUA